CAGGCUCCUCUCCAAAGAUUUAGAAAAUGGAGCCUCUCACAACUACUUACCCUCUGAAAAACUCGAUGCGCAAGGCGAGAGUCUUUGUUGUUUUUCUGUCGAUGGUUUUGUGUACUGCUAUUCUGUGCCUGCUGCAGCUCAGAUUUUUUAAACCUAAAAUGAAAGAUUUUUAUUCCUUUGAAGUCAAGGAUUCACGAGGAAGGAUUGUUUCCUUGGAGAAGUACAGGGGAAAAGCAACUUUGGUUGUAAACGUGGCCAGUUACUGCCAACACACAGACAAAAAUUACAUCUCACUGCAAGAACUACACAGAGAGUUUGGUCCCUCCCACUUCACUGUGCUGGCUUUUCCCUGCAACCAGUUUGGAGAAUCAGAGCCUAGUUCAAGCCAGGAAAUAGAAUCUUUUGUCAAAGGAAAUUAUGGAGUAACCUUCCCUGUUUUCCACAAAAUCAAGAUCCUAGGAUCAGAAGCAGAGCCUGCCUUUAAAUUUCUAAUAGAUUCUUCAAAGAAAGAACCUCGAUGGAAUUUCUGGAAGUACCUUGUCAACCCUGAUGGUAAAGUUGUGAAAUUUUGGAGGCCUGAAGAAUCCAUAGAAAGUAUUAAGCCAGAAGUAGCAUCAUUAAUCAGGCAGAUUAUCGUGAAAAAAAGAGAAGACCUCUGAAAAAAAAAGUCAUUCACUGUGAAUCCCCUCAACAGCAUGAGCCUUACUACCUUUCUGGGAAAUGCUGCUAGAAACUAAACCAUCAGGUGAUUUGACUUCUUUUUGGUGUUAAGUGUUUUCAGCUACACUAUCCUGUUAACAUUGAAUGCCCUCCUGCAAAAACCUUGGGAACCACUGAGGUUACUGAGAAUGGCAAGGCACUCAGAACCUCGCUGGGAGGGGCCUUCAUUUGCAUAAAUUUUCUGAGUGUUUCUUUAAAUUCUGACAAUAACAAACUACAACUGUCACCAGCAGAGAAAUAGCUAAAAAGAAGAGGAUUAGUUGAUAAAUUACUCAGUGCUUGCACAGAAGAGUUAUGUUUCCCAUCUAACCAGUUGCAAGUAGAUAUCAAUGUUCCAUUCAUACAUAACUGGCUGAAAGACAUGGGGCCCAGAUGCAUCACAGCAGGGUUUUUGGAGACAAAUGAAACUGAAGAUAACAGGCUCUGAAAUAUCUUCUCUA